AAUGGCUUUGACAUUACUGAGUGUCCUAACCAAAGUACUGUGUCUGCAUAAUUAUGAUAUUGACAGAUGUGCUUAAUGAACACUAGUUGCUAACUCACUUUAGUUAAAAGAUGAUAGUUUUGAAUAUGUUUCUGCUUCUUGUAGUAGCACUUUCUCUCCCCCUGCCACUUUUGGAGUCUUAAACGUAAUUAUUCGGGCAAUAAGUCCACAGGUUACUAUUAACAUGGACUCGGAUAAAGUUUGACUUUUUGGCUCUAGGCGUAGCUCUUAUAGCUUACUUUUGGCUCUAGGCGUAGCUCUUAUAGCUUCCAGCUAUUAGGAUAUCCAAUUUGUCUCUUCAAUUAGCUGACUUGCAAUCAUGUGUACGGUGCUUGGACUUGCUUUUUAUCUUGUUGCUGUAUAUGCUGAUUUCACUAGUCUUAUAGGCAGUAGCUGGAUUCAUGUCUCAAGUAAUGGACAAAUCAGUAUCCUUCAACCCUUCACAAAUUGUUUUGACAGCUGGUGCAACCCCUGCAAUUGAAAUUCUCAGUUUCUGCUUAGCUGAUCCUGGAAAUGCAUUUCUUGUUCCAUCACCAUAUUAUCCCGAUCUUGACAGGGAUGUAAAAUGGCGAACAGGUGUCGAAAUUAUACCCAUACCUUGCCGCAGUGCUGACAAUUUCUGUCUGAGUACUACUGCUCUUGAUCGAACCUUUAACCAAGCAAGGAAACGGGGGCUUAAAGUUCGUGGGAUCAUAAUUUCGAACCCUUCAAAUCCUGUGGGCAAUUUGUUCAAUCGAGAGACACUUUAUAGUCUUUUGGACUUUGCAACAGAGAAGAAUAUUCACCUCAUUUCCAAUGAAAUAUUGGCAGGAUCCACUCAUGGAAGUGAAGAUUUUGUCAGUUUGGCAGAGAUAAUUGAUUCUGAAGAUUUUGAUCGGACAAGAGUCCAUAUAGUGUAUGGUCUUUCGAAGGAUCUCUCUCUUCCAGGCUUUAGGGUUGGAGUUAUUUAUACUUUUAAUGAGAAUGUUUUGGCUGCUGCUAAAAAGUUGGCAAGAUUUUCAUCCAUUUCAGCUCCAAGCCAGCGUUUGCUUAUCUCAAUGCUGGCAGACACAAAAUUCAUCCACUUGUUUAUGAAGAAUAAUCGGGAAAGACUUGAAAGGAUGUACAAUGCAUUUGUUACCGGACUAAAGCAGUUGGGAAUUGAGUGCAUGAAGAGUAAUGGAGGUUUCUACUGUUGGAUGGACAUGAGUGGGCUAAUCAGAUCUUAUAAUGAAAAAGGAGAACUUGAGCUUUGGGAUAAGCUUUUGAGUGUGGGUAAGGUUAAUGUUACUCCCGGAUCUUCCUGUCACUGUAUUGAACCUGGUUGGUUCAGAUUAUGCUUCACCACCCUGAGCGAAAAUGAUAUUCCUGUAGUCAUGGAUCGUAUUAGGAAAGUUUCUGAAAUCUGUAAAUCUCGUAGUUGAGUUGAUAUUGCUUUGCUCAUUCAGCUAAAGAAUCAAAACCCUACAAUUUCUUUGGAGGAUGUCCUCUUGUAGAAUUCUGUGAGUUUCAGGCUACGUCAGAACCAGACCAGAUGAGGGGAAUCAUUGAGGGAUGAUUUGAAGAUAUCAGAUUGUUUGGGAACAAUUGGUGGAGGAACUUAGAAUUGGAGACCCGUGCUGCAUUUGAUGAUCUGGUUUUGUCUGCAGUUCUGGCUGUUUAAAGAUGAAGUGUCUUCCGUUCAUUUCAGAGAUGGAGAUACUCAUGAGCUGACAGGAACAGUUCUGGCAGGAACUCGGAGUCAAAACAUUUCUGGCACGCCUGAACAGUAUCAUGUACUCAUGAGCUGAGUGUCUACAAGGCCUUGAUGUGUCUUAGUAGGUUUCUUCAUUCUGCUAUUGCAAAAUCGAAGAGUUUAUUUGCCUUAAAUAUCUGAAAUUGUAAAUAGGUCAUUUAAUGCUGAUGCAAAAAGCAAGUCACGACCUUUUUCUGGUAGUAAUAAUAAGUUUAGAAGAACUCUUACAUUUGUCUAGGACAGAGAAUUGGUUAUGUCACUCUCUUUCCUCUGCAAUCAAUUUUGUGCAACAAUUGAGUUAAAGUGAUUAAUUACUAUCUCCUUCUCACUCAAA